UAUAUUUGUUUUAGAAGGGAAUUAUAAGAAAAAGAGAAAAAAAAUUUUUAAUUUCUAUUUUAUCACAGUAAUUGUCAUAAUAAUUUUAAUGUAAAUGAAAAAAUACUUAAGUCAUGGUUAUAUAAAAAUUAAAAACUGCAGUAAAGUAAAUAAAAUAAUUAAAGGAUUAAAAUAAUUUUUAAAUUUAAAUUAAAAUAAUUUGAAAAUGGCAACUCAAAUUGAUGAAAUGGAUGACAAUGCCGUUAAAGAAAAAAGAGCACCAGAAAUUGAACCAGUAAAAUUUUUUCAAUUAUUUCGUUUUAUAACACCAUGGGAAAUUUUUUUACUUUUUAUUGGUUUAAUAUUGGCCGUAAUAAAAGCAUUUGCUAUGCCGGCUGUUGUUAUUAUAUACAGUGAAUUUACUGCAAUGUUAGUUGAUCGAACAUACGGUAUUGGAACAAGUUCAAAAACAUAUCUUUUACCUUUAUUUAAUGGCGGCAGACAAUUAACUAAUGCAACACGUGAAGAAAAUUAUGAAGAAUUAUAUUAUGAUUCAAUGUCUUAUGGAGCUUUAUUAACAAUUGCAUCUGUAAUAUUAUUUAUAUGUGGAAUUUUCACAGUAGAUUUAUUCAAUUUGGUUGCUUUAAAACAAGUGACAAGAAUGAGAAUUGAAUUUUUUAAAGCAACAAUUCGUCAGGACAUUGGAUGGCAUGAUGUUACAAAUGAUCAAAAUUUUGGACUUAGAAUUACAGAUGAAAUUGAAAAAAUACGUGAUGGAAUAGCUGAGAAAGUUUCACAUUUUAUUAAUUUAAUUGCCGGAUUUGUAAUAACAGUAAUAAUAUCAUUUAUUUAUGGUUGGAAAUUAACUUUAGCUGUUAGUGUUUAUAUACCAAUUGUAAUGGUUACCAAUUAUUAUGUUGGAAUGAUUCAAAGUAAAUUAACAACAAGAGAAUUAGAAUCUUAUGCUAGCGCUGGGAGUUUAGUUGAAGAAGUACUUGCAGCAAUAAGAACUAUUGCUGCAUUUGGUGGUGAAAAAACUGAAGCAGAACGUUAUGAUAAAUUUUUAGUUCCGGCAAGAAAAGCUGCUGUUCGAAAAGGUGCUUUCACUGGUUUCAGUGAUGGUGUAUUAAAAAGUUUAUUAUUUAUAUCAUGUUCCGGUGCAUUUUGGUAUGGAGUGAAUUUAAUUUUAGCUGAUCGUGAUAAAGAAGAAAAAGAAUAUACACCGGCAAUAUUAAUGAUUGCAUUUUUUGGAAUUGUUGUUGGCGCUGAUAAUGUUGCAAGAUGUGCACCAUUUUUAGAAGCAUUUGCAAUUGCAAGAGGUGCAGCAUCAACAAUUUUCAAAACAAUUAAUAGUACAACAAAAAUAGAUCCGUUAUCAAAAGAUGGUCAUAUUUUAAAGGAUGGAUUAAAAGGAAAUGUAGAAUUUCAAGAUGUUUUCUUUACAUAUCCGUCCAGGCAAGAUGUAACAAUAUUAAGAGGUUUAAAUAUUAAAAUAGAAAGCGGAAAAACUGUUGCUUUAGUUGGCCAUUCUGGUUGUGGAAAAUCAACUUGUAUACAAUUGUUACAAAGAUUUUAUGAUCCAAUUUUCGGACAGAUUCUACUAGACGAUUUUGAUAUUCGAAAAUACAAUAUUAAAUGGUUAAGAACAAAUAUCGCUAUUGUAGGGCAAGAGCCAGUUCUAUUUCAGGGGACUAUUGGUGAGAAUAUUAGAUUUGGAAAACCAGAAGCAACACAAAAAGAAAUUGAGGAAGCUUCAAAAGCAGCUGGAUCUCAUGAUUUUAUUACAGAAUUUCCUGAUUGUUAUAAUACUUUUAUUGGAGAAAAAGGCGCUCAAUUAUCUGGUGGCCAAAAACAAAGAAUUGCUAUUGCAAGAGCUUUAGUACAAAAUCCAAAAAUUUUGUUAUUAGAUGAAGCUACCUCAGCUUUAGAUUAUCAGUCUGAAAAAUUAGUUCAAGAAGCAUUGGAUAGAGCGUCAAAAGGUCGAACUACAAUUGUUGUUUCGCAUAGGUUAUCAGCAAUUAAAAGUGCCGAUAAAAUCAUUUAUAUUGAUCAUGGAAAAGUUUUAGAAGAAGGAACACAUGAAGAAUUAAUGAAAUUAAAUGGCCGAUAUUAUCAAAUGGUUACAGCAUCUGAAUUAAAAUCUGAUGAAGAUAUUGAAGUAGUUACAAGAAAAAAAAGUUUGGCAAUGUAUGAGAAAUCAUUUGAGCUUGAUGUUCAUAAUUUGAAAUCAGAAUUAGGAGAAAAAAAUGCAACAACUUCUCGUUUGAACAGCAUUACUUCUGAAACACUAAAAAUGGCUAAUACAAAUGCGACUAAAGAUAAAACAUUACUUGAGAAUAGCGAUCAACAAAUUAAAUAUUGGCAAUCUUUUGUACGAAUUCUUAAAAUGAGUAAACCAGAAUGGGAUACCUUAAUUUGUGGAGUUUUUUUCUCUUCAAUAUUUGGUUUAACUUAUCCUGCUUUUGCAGUUGUUUUUGGAGAAUUCUAUGCAGCAUUAGCCGAAUCUGAAGAAAAUAAUGUUUUAGAGCGAACACGUAUUUUAUCAUUGGUUUGUCUAGGUAUUGGAGCAGCCACUGGUUUAAUUUGUUUCUUUCAAAUGUAUAUUUUUAAUAGCUCUGGUGCAUGGUUAACAACUAGAAUUAGAUCUAUAACAUUUCGUUCAAUUUUAAAACAAGAAAUCAGUUGGUUCGAUGAAGAACAAAACAGUGUUGGUGCAUUAUCGGCUAGAUUAGCUGGUGAUGCUGCCAAUAUACAAGGAGCUGUUGGUUAUCCAUUGAGUGGCAUAAUACAAUCAUUGUCAAAUUUUAUUUUCAGUACUUCAGUUGGUUUUUACUAUUCGUGGAAGUUGGCAUUAUUAUGUCUCUCAAUGGUACCUUUCAUUGUUGGUUCAGUUGUACUAGAAGCCAAGUUUAUUGCAAAAACAAUGAUGGAAGAAAAAGAAAUUUUAGAAGAUGCUAGUCGUAUUGCAACAGAAGCAAUUACAUACAUUCGAACUGUAGCUGGACUACGACGAGAACAAGCCAUUAUUGAUCAGUAUACUGUCAGUGUAUUAAAAGUUGAAGCUUUAUUACAGAAAAAAUUAAGAUAUAGGGGUCUAGUAAAUUCUUGUGGCCAGUCAUUGAUGUUCUUUGGUUAUGCCAUUGCAUUAUGUUACGGAGGUGUUCUGGUUUCAUGGGGAUUAGUUCCGUUUCAGGAUAUAAUUAAAGUUUCUGAAACCUUACUUUAUGGUGCUAUGAUGUUGGCACAAUCAUUAGCUUUUACACCAGCUUUUUCAGCUGCUCUAUUAGCUGGUCAUCGUUUGUUCCAAAUAAUUGAUAGAGAACCUCGCAUUAAAUCUCCACCACCAGCCGAUAAAAAUAAAACAGUUAUGAAUCAAUUCAUGGGAGUUAAAUAUCAAGAUAUUGAAUUUAGAUAUCCAACCAGACCAAAUAUACCAGUAUUACAGGGAUUAGAUUUAGAUAUAUUACAUGGUAAAACAGUUGCUUUGGUAGGACAUUCGGGUUGUGGAAAAUCUACAUGUAUUCAGUUACUUCAAAGAUUUUAUGAUCCAGAUAAAGGAAGAAUAUUUAUUGAACAAGGAAAUAUCAAAAGUGAUUUAUCAAUAGAAAAUUUACGUUCUAAGCUUGGUAUAGUGUCACAAGAACCAGUUUUGUUUGAAAGGACAAUUGCUGAAAAUAUUGCAUAUGGUGAUAAUACUAGAGAAGUAACAAUGAUUGAAAUUAUAGAUGCUGCUAAACAAGCAAAUGCGCAUAAUUUUAUUUUAUCAUUGCCAAAUGGAUAUGAGACAAGAUUAGGCUCAAGAGGUACACAACUUUCUGGUGGACAAAAACAACGUAUAGCUAUUGCUAGGGCAUUAGUUAGAAAUCCAAAAAUUUUAUUAUUAGAUGAAGCAACUUCAGCUUUAGAUUUACAAAGUGAAAAGCUUGUUCAAUCCGCUUUAGAUGCAGCAUGUUCUGGUAGAACAAGCAUUGUUAUCGCACAUCGUUUGUCUACUGUACAAAAUGCUGAUGUUAUAUGCGUCUUUGAAGACGGAAAAAUUGUUGAAAUGGGUAAUCAUCAAAAAUUAAUGUCUAAAGCUGGCAUUUAUUAUCAAUUAUAUAAAACUCAACCAGCUUUGAAUUAAAUUUUUCUUUUUCGAAUUCAUUUUUUAUCUGAACAAUUUGUAGUUUUAAGUUGAUUUGAAUCAAGUAUUUUGCCAUAUUUUAUAUAUUAUUUUUACAUAUUAAAAUUUGUUAGAUCUACAGUAUUAUUUUUAUUUUUUAUUAAAUAAAAUUUUUUCUUAUUUAUGCUUUUAA